CUCAAUCAGCUCCACGCUAGCGAGCGAGAGAGAGAGAGAGAGUGGUGUGUCGACAGCUUUCUUAGUCUGCAAGUCUUCGUCUUCUCCCCUGCUUCCCCCCCGCCCCCCCCCCCCACACACACAUUGAAAUCCCGCUUCUCUGUAUCCCUUUCUGUAAAUCAUCGGUUUUCAAAAAGUUCUGGUUUUUGGGUUUGUUUUUCAAAAACAAAAGAAAUGGAUCGAAAGCAAACUUAAACUGAGGAUCUCUCGAAAGCCAGGUGUUUUCCAGAAUACAGUAGAUCCACUUUUCUGUUUACACAUGUGUUCUCCGUUGUAUUCGUUUUCUUUUUCUUUCUUGGAAUUUAAUUGACAUCUCUUUUUCUUUCUUUCUCCUGAUCAGCCGGGUGGGUUAAUUUUUGUGUACCCAAAGGUUGGUCGACCAAAGAGGCUACUUUUUUUUCCCAAACCUCUUUGUUAAUUUCCUUGCAAAAAGUGAAAACAUUAAUGAAUUGUAGUUGUGUUUCUAUGUUGCUGUGUUUUGUUUAGGAUUAUUAGCACCUGGGUCUUAGAAUUUUGGUUAAGAAACAGGUGGGUUUUUUGUUAUAUAAUUUUUAUUGGAUUUCUGUGACGUUGAAUGGCAGCUACAAUGGAGUUUUGGAGUAGCGAAACAGAUUUCCUAGAAGAGUCCCAUCCGGUUAUGGCCGGUGGUGAGCUCAUGGAAGCACUCGAACCUUUUUUCAAAAGUGCUUCCCCUUCUUCUUUUCCUUCUUCUCCUCCUCCUCCUCUUCCUAAUUUUGCUUUUCCGAAUUCUGCUUCUUCUUCUUAUUCUACAGUUCAAUCUCUCCCUCCUCCUCCUACUUCCCCUUACUUUACUCCUCUCUACAGUUCUGGCAAUUCGUAUUCCUCCAUGGCUAUGUCAAGCCAGCCCAUGCCAGGCCCAGACGGUUGCUCUUCAUCGCCGGCCCAUAUGUUUUUUCAAGGGUUUUCGGUCCAUGAGCAAUCAGGCCCGUUUGGGCUUGGCGGGCUUGGUCCAAAUCAUGCCCAACAGAAUCAUAAUCAAAUCAGCUUCCAGCAACAGCAACCGGUAGCGCUGGGCCCAAGGCCCGUUACAAUGAAGCAAGUUGGCUGUCCUCCAAAGCCCAUAAAACUCUACAGAGGGGUUAGGCAAAGGCACUGGGGCAAAUGGGUCGCCGAGAUCCGGCUGCCCAGGAACCGGACCCGACUCUGGCUGGGCACCUUCGACACAGCCGAGGAGGCCGCGCUGGCGUACGAUACCGCCGCGUACAAGCUCCGGGGCGAAUCCGCCAAGCUCAACUUCCCCAAUUUCCGCCACUCCGGCGAGCACAACCCGCUGCACGCCACCGUCGCAGCGAAGCUCGAAGAUGCCUGCCGGAGCUUGGCCGAAGGGAAGAGCCUCGACGCCAAGAAGAAGCCGCCGUCGUGGUCAAAGCUCCCUCCGGAAGCAGCACCGGCGAGGGCGGUGGUGGAAGGCGGCGAGAAUGCAAACUCGUCUGAGUGUGAAGAGUCGUCGAACGGGUCGGACCUCGGGCUCCCGGAUUUUACGGAUGAGGACCCGGCUUGGAAUUCGUCGCUAGUAUUGCAGAAGUGCCCAUCUUCGGAGAUUGAUUGGGCUUCUUUAUAGAAUUCUCUUAUCUUAUGGCCGAUGCAAUGAAAUUUUUGACAAUUGCAGGGCUUAUCAUUCUCCAUGUUUUUUUUUUUUUUUUUUGUGCAAAUUUAAAUGUAAUUUAAUUGUGGGUAGUUUUAGUUUUGAUGCUUAGGAAUUUAUUAUUAUGUUAUUAAUAUAUAAUAAUAAUUGAUAUGAGGAUAGUAUCGUAAUAAUCUCCACCAAGGUCAGCUGGUUUUUUCUUUGCUAGGCCAGGGUGUGGGUCAUAUUGUCUAGGUUCUAUUUUUUGUGUAAUUGAUUUUUAUUAAUGCUAUUUAUUAUUUUACUUGUAAGAA